ACCUCCCACGCAGCCCACCGUACCGCUUAAGCCUUCGUGCGUCUCUCUCCUUCCCUGUUUAUGAUAUAGAUAAGCGUAUGCACCAAAGGAUGAAUGUCGUCUGGUCUUAAUGGAGGUGAAACCCAAAGCUCCAAUGGAGCUUGACCUUGACUCAUUCCUUCAAUUGCAGAGCAGUGAUGAAGAGGAAGAUGAUCCAAUCCGUGGCUAUAAUCCCACUUUAGAUGACAUUCUCAAUGAUUCAGACAAUUCCUUGUCUUCGUCUUUGUCUUCCUCCUCCCUAUCUGGUUCCAUCAAACCAGUUGAAUCACAAAUUCUAAAUUUGCAAUCCCACACACUAGAAUCGCUUAAUUCACAGUCCUCAGCUGCUGAAACCCUAAAUUCGCAGUUCUCUGUGAUCGAAACCCCAAAAUCUAGAUUAGAAUUGGAUGACCCAACCAUUUCUAAUAGUUCUCUCAACCAUUCGUUAUUAGGAUCGAAGCUCGAUUGUAUCAGGAGAAGAGCAGCUUCUCGAGAAUCAAUUGGUAGGUCACCUUCAUUUGAUUCCAAUUUAUCUCUAUUGAACCGUAAAAACCCCAAUUCUUCUCUGCCUAGGCUUUUUGGGGGGAUAAAACCUAGCCCUAAGCCUGGCGCUGCCUUAGCAGCCGCUGCAGCAGCUUCACGCACAGUACCAACUCCUCAUGCAACUGCAAUAAAGUUCAGAAAAGCUCGAGGAGCACUUCAGAAGAUGCUCAUUCGAGAAGAUUCGAAUAGUUCAUUGAAUGAAUAUGAUGAAACUGGUUCAGAACACAUUUCUGAGAAUAAUCAGGGGGAUGGGUUCAGCAGUGUGGGAUCUGAGCAGAGUGCUUCAGUCUCUGGUGAAAAAGUCGAAGAUUUAGAUACUAAAGAAGUGGGAAUUGGUGGUGAUAGUGAAGUAGUUGAUAGGAAAGAAGUGAUAAGUUUCAGAGAGGAGGAAUUUGGAGUUCCUUCAGUUGUUGAAUCCAUAGAGGCAGACUCAGUUUUGAAUAGGAAGGUUUUAAAUGGGGAUGAACUUGAGCAGAACAAAAGCACAAAUGAGGAGAACUGUUUUGAAGUGGUGCAAAAGGAUCAAGUGGAGGAAUUUGAAGACUUGGGAUUGACUGUAGUGGAAUCUAGUGUUACUGUUAAGCAGGAGUUUCGUGUUACUGAAAAUCCGACCGAGAUUGUAGAGAAUACAAUUAACAAAACUGCGGAAACAAAUGAUUCCGGGGAGAGCUCUAUCAAUGCAGCUGUGCGAACAAAGGAUUUGGAGAUGGGUGGUUCUCUCAGUGAUGAAACUGAGGAAACAAAGCUUGUUGAAGAAACUGUUGAUGUUAACCAAAGGAAACUGCUCUCUGAAAAUGAGGUUGCUGAGGACAGAUCAAUUCAUCAUGAGAGCAAGAGGUCUGGUAAAAGAGCAGGGAAGAAGCUACGGUCAGCUAUGAAGCCACUUGAUUUGGCUGAAGAGAUGGAGAAGAAAAAUGCGUUCUCAGGGUUGCACUGGGAAGAGGGUGCUGCAGCUCAACCCAUGAGGCUCGAGGGCAUAAGGAGGGGUCCCCCAGCUGUUGGGUAUUUGCAGAUUGAUCCUGACAAUGCAAUUUCUCAUGCCAUUUUGUCUUAUGGGUUUAGGCGUGAUCAUGGUUCGCCUCAGGCAUUGGCUGUCCAUAUGAAUUAUAUUGCUGUUGGAAUGUCGAAGGGGGUUGUGCUUGUCAUGCCAAGUAGAUAUUCUGCUCAUAGUUCUGACAACAUGGAUUCUAAGGUGUUUAUGCUGGGGUCUCCUGGUGAAAAGUCUCAUCCUCCUAUAACGGCCAUGUGCUUCAAUCUUCAAGGGGAUUUGCUUUUAGUUGGUUAUGGAAAUGCCAAUAUAACAGUUUGGGAUGUUCAGAAAGGAGCAUCUGUGAAAGUAUUGACUGGGGAACAUACAGCUCCAAUAGUUCAUUUAUUCUUCCAGGGGCAGGAUUCACAAGUUACACGGCAAUUUAGAGUAAUCAGUGGUGAUUGCAAAGGCUUAGUUCUGCUGCAUACUUUUGCAGUUGUUCCUUUAUUGAAUAGGUUCUCAGUUAAAACUCAGUGUCUUUUCGAUGGGCAAAAAACAGGCACAGUUCUAUCUGCUUCUCCGCUUCUGUUUGAAGAUAUUCAAGUUGGUCGUAUGGCAUCCAUCCAGGGUGGCAGUAUGGUUUCUUCGAGCGGGCUUGGUAGCAUGGUGGGAGGUGUUGUUGGUGGUGUAGUCGGAGGUGAUUCAGGAUGGAAGCUUUUCAAUGAUGGAUCUUCAAUUGAAGAGGAAGGAGUUGUGAUAUUUGUCAACCAUCACACUGCUCUUGUGGUAAAGCUUGGUCCUUCAUCUGUGGAGGCCUAUGAAAGGCUUUCAAGGCCUGAUGGGGUACGGGAAGGUUCUUUGCCUUAUACAGCAUGGAAAUGUGCAACUAAUUUACGAGAUGUGUCUACUGAGGGGUUAGAUAGGGCUUCAUUGAUUGCAAUUGCGUGGGACCGAAAAGUCCAAGUAGCAACAUUGAGAAAAGCAGAGCUGAAAAUAAACAAUGAGUGGAGCCUUGAUAGUGCAGCAAUAGGCGUCUCAUGGUUGGAUGAUAGGAUGCUGGUGGUUCUAACCUUGAAAGGACAACUAUGUUUGUUUACAAAGGAAGGAAAUGAGAUUCAUCGAACAAGUUUCAUUCAAGGUGCUUCUGGAGGGGAUGAUGUCAUUGUCUAUCAUACUCUCUUCACAAAUUCAUUCGGUAACCCUGAGAAGGCUUAUCAUAAUUCCAUUGCUGUAAGAGGGGCAAGUAUUUAUAUUCUAGGGCCCUCACACCUAUUAAUUUCUCGGCUUCUUCCAUGGAAAGAGCGUAUUCAAGUGCUGCGAAGGGCAGGUGACUGGAUGGGGGCAUUGGACAUGGCACUGAGACUGUAUGAUGGUCAUGCUCAUGGCGUUAUUGAUCUUCCAAGAACUCUAGAUUCUAUCAGAGUUACCAUAAUGCCUUACCUGAUAGAGUUGGUCACAGGCUAUGUUGAUGAAGUGUUCUCAUACAUAUCAGUGGCAUUCCACAACCGAAUUGACAAACAGGAUCAAAAUGGACAGGAUGGAAGCAGGUCUUUUCACCUGGAGAUCAAAGAACAAUUUGCUCGUGUUGGUGGUGUUGCAGUAGAAUUCUGUGUUCAUAUAAGCAGGAUUGACAUUUUAUUUGAUGAAAUUUUCUCCAAAUUUGUGGCUGUCCAACAGGGAGGUACUUUUUUGGAACUUUUGGAGCCAUAUAUAUUGAAAGAUAUGCUUGGAUGUCUACCUCCCGAGAUUAUGCAAGCACUCGUAGAGCACUACAGCAGCAAAGGGUGGUUGCAAAGGGUAGAGCAGUGCGUUCUUCAUAUGGACAUUUCCUCCCUGGACUUUAACCAGGUGGUCAGGCUUUGCCGGGAGCAUGGUUUGUACAGUGCCUUGAUAUAUCUUUUCAAUAGAGGUUUGGAUGAUUUCAAGGCACCUUUAGAGGAACUUUUGGUGGUUGCUCAAGAUAGCCAAAAUGUGAAUGCAGUUGCCAUCGGGUAUCGGAUGCUUGUUUACUUGAAAUACUGCUUCUUGGGUCUUGCAUUCCCUCCAGGACGUGGCAGCAUUAUUCCAUCCCGCUUGCUCUCUCUGAAAAAGGAAAUGAUGCAGUUUCUACUACAAAGUUCAAAUACAUCUGAAAUAGUGACAAAUUCAACAGUUACCAGUGGACCAUGUCUAAACAUCUGCUACUUUUUGUGGCUUGAUACGGAGGCAACUUUAGAGGUUCUGAAGUUUGCUUUCCAGGAAGAAGAAAAUCUUAAAGGUGGUGAUUAUUUGAAUGAUUUGGUCAACACGGACAUUAAGGCAAGCAUGAUAAGUGGUUCAGAGAAUGUGGAAGGUGAAAACUCAUUGGUGCAGAACACUUUGAAUACUUUGGUGCAAGUUCUUGAUAUGGAACUCACAGGGGUAGUUAGAUCCUCUGGCUCAGAUGAUGGAUCACUAAAAGUUUGGCCAUCUAAAAAGGAUGUUGGCCUGCUGCUAGAAUUUAUUGCUUGCUUUGUUGCAUGCCAUCAUGCUGUUGUUCCCAAAAGUUUAUUGAAUCGUAUUUUGGAGUAUUUGACAUGUGACAAUGAUGUAUCACCAUGGGAUUCUGAUUCAAAACCAGAAAUUGCUCGUAGAAGAGAAAAAAUGGUACUUGCACUGUUGAAAGUGGUGGCUGAAACAGAAUGGGACUCAUUGUAUGUAUUGGAGCUUUGUGAGAAGGCACAGUUCUACCAGGUUUGUAGCUUGAUACACAUUAAGAGAGCUCACUAUGUUGCCGCCCUUGAUAGUUACAUGAAAGAAAUAGAUGAACCUAUCCAUGCGUUUGCCUUUAUAAGCAACACACUGCUACAAAUGAGAGAUAAUGAUUCUUCUGACUUCCGACAGGCAGUUGUUACUCGAAUUCCAGAGUUGGUAAAACUGAGCAGAGAGGGAGCAUUUUUUUUUAUCAUCGAACAUUUCAGUAAAGAAAGUGAUCAAAUCCUCUUUCAGCUUCGCUCCCAUCCUAGGAGUCUUUUUCUUUAUCUCAAGACAGUCAUUGAUGUCCACUUGUCUGGCUCUCUCAAUGUUUCAGCAUUGCGAAAAGGGCAUGUUCUAGAUCCCCCACUUGGUUUGAAAACAGUCUCGGAUCAUUCCAAGGAUAUUGAAGCAUACUUGGAAAGGGUCUCUAAUCUACCAAAGAUGCUGAGGCAAAAUUCCGUUCAAGUAACUGAUGAAAUGGCAGAGCUCUAUCUUGAGCUCUUGUGCCAAUACGAGCCUCAUUCAGUUCUCAAGUUCUUGGAAACUUUUGAAAACUAUAGGGUGGAGCACUGUUUGCGUUUGUGCCAGGAGCAUGGUGUCAUAGAUGCCGCUGCAUUCUUGCUUGAAAGAGUUGGAGACGUUGGGAGUGCUUUAUCACUUGCUUUGUCUGGUAUAGAUGAAAAAAUAAGCAUGAUUCAUAUUGCUGUGGGAAAUAAAGUAGCUGAGGCGGGUUCUACUAAGUUCACAGAGUUGGAGUGGCUCAAUAUUGUUUUAGAAAUGAAAGAGGUUAAUGUCGUACAUGAUGUACUCCUUGCUGCUGUUGGUUUAUGUCAGCGGAACACCUUGCGUUUAGAUUUUCAAGAGUCUGAGACACUCUGGUUCUUAUUACUUGACAUCUUUUCUGAGCCGCUGAGAUACUUGUCUGAUCACAGAACAGUUCGUAUUAGUCGAGCAAUUUCUGAUACACCUGCUGCCUCAUUGGGAGUUCAAGCAGGAGACAGGUCAUAUAGAUGGCAUGAUGCAGAAUUUGAUAAAGUUGCUAAUGUCUAUCGAAGAUUGCUUUCUCGAUUCAUUGGAGAAAUUGUUGAGGGAAUGGUGGGUUAUGUACCUCUUCUAACUAUCAUGGCUAAGCUGCUCUCUGAUAAUGGGUUCCAAGAGUUUGGUGAUUUCAAAGUUACCAUAAUGGGGAUGCUGGCUACGUAUGGCUAUGAACGGAGAAUCUUGGAUGCUGCCAAAGCUUUGAUCGAGGAUGAUACAUUUUAUAGUAUGAGCUUGCUCAAGAAGGGAGCUUCUCAUGCUUAUACCCCUCUGAGUACAAACUGCUGUAUCUGUAAUUGCUCCCUGACCAAGGAUUCAGCAGUCAUGGCCAUCCGUGUCUUCCAUUGUGGUCAUGUGGCACAUGUCCAUUGUGAUAUUCAAGAAACUAACACAUUAAGUAAAGAUUCUUCAGUUGGGUGUCCUGUUUGUAUGCCAAAUGUAAAGCCUUCAUCUGUGAGAGGCAAGGGCACCCUUAUGGAGAAUGGAUUUGUGAGUACGUCUUAUGCUGAGCCCCAACAUUCACAAGGGAUGAUUCUUCAACCUCUGCAUGAAUCUGAUGUCAUUGAGAAGCCCUACGGACUUCAGCAUAUGUCUCGGUUUGAGAUCUUGGGGAAUCUUCAGAAUACCCUGAAAUCUCUGAAAAUUGACCCACUGCCUCAAUUAAGGCUCUCACCCCCAGCAAUUUACCAUGACAAGGUGAAAAAAAAUACAGGAAAUUCAAAAGGUGGAAGCACUAGCAGCUCACGGAAAGGCGAGAAAUCAAAUAAAAACCAGCGAGCUGGAGAGCUGACAAUUAGGGGAACUUCAUCGUUUCAGUUUCCUUUAAAAUCCAAUAUCUUCAGUAGUGAGAAGAGAAAGAAAAGGACAGUAACAUAGUUCGUACUUCUCAAAAUAUUUAAUUUUGUUUUAGAAGUGGAGAAUACAGAUACAAAAGGGAAAAUCAAGGCAGACAUUAUAAGGUGUUUAAAAUGUUUACGUUGAUACACGUGCAUUCGGAAGGGGUUGCGGGUCUUGGCAUGCUCUUCUUCUAGUUGAUUUUGUCUUCCAUGUGUAUCCCAUUAAAUUUAUUUUUGGAGAGACAAAAAUCUUACACUGAAGAUUCUCCCUAUUGUAGGUCUUGAUUGGAAAGGCACUAUAUUUUGAUUCUGAAGUUUCCUGAAUAUGAGAACCUGCAUCAGAAUUCAGAAUGAGGAACCAUGCUGGGCUUACUUGCAGGUUCUUUAUCUUAGUCUUUCAUUGGAUUAGCAAUUUCAUUGAUACCCAAUGCUCUUAUUCGUGUAAUAUCUAUUUAAUCAUGAAUGUUAUAGCAAUACAUCCUCAUGUAAAGUAUUGUUCACCACUAGUUUUGGUAGGAAACAAUUGUAUAGAUUGAGAAUCGCUGGAAGAGCAUCAAAUUUCUUUCUUCUGGGUCAAUGUUAGUCAUUCUUCACUUCGAAUAGAGAUCAGCCCCCCUUAUAAUGUAAGCUUCAAGCAUUGAUGAAAAA